AUGGGUGACUGGAACCUGCUGGGCAGCAUCUUGGAGGAAGUACAUGUCCACUCCACCAUCGUAGGAAAGAUCUGGCUCACCAUCCUCCUCAUCUUCCGCAUGCUGGUGCUGGGCGUGGCGGCCGAGGAUGUGUGGAACGAUGAACAGAGCGAGUUCAUCUGCAACACGGACCAGCCGGGCUGCAAGACCGUCUGUUACGACCAGGCCUUCCCCAUCUCCCUCAUCCGCUUCUGGGUCCUGCAGGUCAUCUUCGUGUCCUCACCCUCCCUCGUCUACAUGGGCCACGCGCUCUACCGCCUGCGCGCCCUGGAGAAGGAGAGGCACCGGCGGAGGGUCCAGCUGAAGGCAGAGCUGGGGGAGAUGGAGGUGCUGGUGGAGGAGCACAAGCGCAUUGAGAAGGAGUUGAAGAGGCUGGAGGAGCAGAGGAAGGUGAAGAAGGCUCCACUGAGAGGGUCCCUGCUGCGGACGUAUGUCAUCCAUAUCCUAACGCGCUCCGUGGUGGAGGUGGGCUUCAUCAUGGGCCAGUAUAUCCUGUAUGGCAUCGGACUGGAGCCUUUGUAUAAAUGCGAGAGGAUGCCUUGCCCCAACAGUGUGGACUGUUACGUGUCCAGGCCCACGGAGAAAACAGUGUUCAUGGUGUUCAUGAUCGUCAUCGCCGGGGUGUCUCUCUUCCUGAACCUAAUGGAGAUUUCCCACCUGGGCAUCAGGAAAAUCAAACAGACUCUGAAGGGGGACAAGUACCCAGCAGACAAUGACAAUUUGAUUUACAAGCUGAAGAAGAACGCGACGAUACAGCAUCUGUGUGUGAUGAGGAACCUGUCUCCUCACAACGGGCCGCUGACUCAGACCAUCUUCAAAGUAAUUCCUGAGAAGGACCUGGACCCAAUGGACCCACCUCCCCACUACAUACCUAACCAUGAGGUGCCCAGGCACAACAGCAUGGCUCCUGGCCAUUAUUUUGCGAACUGCACUGGCCUCCAGCCCCAUCAGCAAUACCAGCAGCAGCAGCUUCAGCAAUGUGAGCCCAGCCAGAGGAUGAUCCAGACCCUGCACCUCCAGGGAGCCCCAGAGAAACAAACCACUGCCAUGGUGGACCAGCUCCCUCGAGCCUAUAGAGGAGCUGUCUUGAAUGGGGAUAGUGGGCCCAGGAACCUGCAGGGCCAGACGAUCAAUGAGGACCCCAACUUACACCCCCAAGACCACUACCAGCCCAGCCACAUGGAAGUAGUGUCUAUGGCAACGCACAGACCCAGCAUCACGACAACACACAGACCCAGCUUGGCUCUGAGGGACACAGACCUGGAGGAGGAGAGGAGGGACUCCAUGGGUAGCGACUUCCUCUUCCCCAACCCAGGAAGGAAGCAAAGCUUCAAAUCUCGUAUGCCCUCUGAGAGCAUGUCCACCAUCAGUGAUUACAGUAGCAACUCUCCACGGAGCUCAGAUUCCGAGCUGGGCGACAUGGUGGACAUGCCAAUGAUGCCACCCCCUGGAAGGAGAAUGUCAAUGGCAAGUAGAGCCAAGAGACAGGCAGCAUCUGACCUGGUGGUUUAG